CCUCCAGAUGAAAUAGGAUUGGGAUUUUUGGAUGGUGAAAUGUUACAGUGUGGGUGACAGGUUUCAAGAAUCAGCCUCCUGAGUUAACAUGGAGUUGUGGCAUUACAGCGUGGAAGAAGAAAUCAACGAACAUUCAAAUAAAAACUUUGGCAGAUGAUAUGCGUGACAGAAUUACAAGUUUUAGAAAAUCUGCCGUGAAAAAAGAAAAACCCCUUAUUCAACACCCUAUUGACUCUCAAGUUGCGAUGAGUGAAUUUCCAGUUGCUCAGCCACUGAUGGAUGAACGAUGUAUGAAUUUGUCAGAAAAGGAAGUCAUGGAUCUCUUUGAAAAGAUGAUGGAGGACAUGAACCUCAAUGAAGAUCGCAAAACUCCCUUACGGCUUAAAGAUUUGACAACAAAACGUGAAAUGGUUGUUCAGUACAUUUCUGCUACUGCCAAAUCCAUAGUUGGAAGUAAAGUCACGGGAGGACUGAAAAAUAGCAAGCAUGAGUGCACAUUGUCUUCACAAGAAUACGUUCAUGAGUUACGGUCUGGCAUCACGGAAGAUAAACUUCUCAAUUGCCUAGAAUCACUGAGGGUUUCUCUAACCAGUAAUCCUGUCAGCUGGGUAAAUAACUUUGGCCAUGAAGGUCUUGGACUCUUAUUGGACACCCUGGAAAGACUCCUGGACAAAAAACAGCAAGAAAGUAUUGACAAGAAGAAUCAGCAUAAGCUUAUACAGUGCCUCAAAGCAUUUAUGAAUAAUAAGUUUGGAUUGCAAAGGAUCCUAGGAGAUGACAGAAGCCUUUUAUUGUUGGCAAGGGCGAUCGACCCAAAACAACCCAACAUGAUGACUGAAAUAGUAAAAGUGCUUUCUGCUAUUUGCAUUGUUGCAGAAGAGAAUAUUUUAGACAAGCUUUUAGGAGCUAUAACAACAGCAGCCGAAAGAAAUAACAGAGAACGCUUUUCCCCAAUAGUUGAAGGAUUGGAAAAUCAUGAAGCUUUGCAGUUACAGGUGGCUUGUAUGCAGUUUAUUAAUGCUCUUGUGACCUCUCCCGAUGAUCUUGACUUCCGGAUACAUUUGAGAAAUGAGUUUCUUCGUUCUGGCCUUAAGAAAAUGUUGCCGGAUUUGAAAUCAAAAGAGAAUGAGGAGCUUGAAAUUCAGCUGAGAGUGUUUGAUGACAACAAAGACGAUGACUUGACCGAAUUAUCACACCGCCUAAAUGACAUCCGAGCUGAAAUGGAUGACGUGAAUGAAGUAUUCCAUCUUCUGAAUAACAUGCUGAAGGACACUUCUUCAGAAAAUUACUUGCUAUCCAUUUUGCAGCAUCUACUACUGAUCAGAAAUGACUACUUUGUGAGGCCGCAGUAUUACAGGAUCAUAGAAGAGUGCGUUUCACAAAUAGUUCUCCAUUGCAGUGGGAUGGAUCCUGAUUUCAAAUAUCGACAGAGAUUAGAUAUAGAUUUAACUCACCUUAUAGAUGCUUGCGUGGACAAAGCCAAAGUUGAAGAAAGUGAAAAAAAAGCAGAGGAUUUUUCCAAAAAGUUUGAUGAAGAAUUCACGGCUCGUCAGGAGGCACAGGCUGAGCUGCAGAAACUAGAGGAGAAAAUCAAGGAGCUUGAAACAGAAAUCCAGCAACUACGAACCCAGGGUCCUGGGCUUUCGACUGCAUCAGCGAUCCCUCCACCACCCCCGCCUCCUCCACCCCCGCCACCCCCUCCGCUGCCCGGAGGAAUCCCUCCACCUCCACCUCCUUUGCCAGGGCCCGGGGUACCACCACCGCCCCCACUACUACCAACGUUUGGGGGGCCUCCACCUCCACCACCCCUUGGGGGUAUACCUCCUCCUCCAGGACUUUCGCCUCCCCUGCCUUACGGAAUGCAGCCGAAGAAAAAGUAUACGCCUGCGGUGUCAAUGAAGAGAAUCAACUGGUCAAAGGUUGAACCCCAGGAAAUAUCAGAGAAUUGUUUUUGGCUAAAAGUCAAUGAAGAAAAAUUUGAAAGCACAGACCUGUUCUCAAAACUGUCUCUCACUUUUGCUACCCAGAUGAAAGUGAAAAAGACACUGGAAGUUACAGAAGAAAAGAAAAUAGCAGUACCGAAGAAGAAAGUGAAAGAAUUGAGAGUUUUGGAUGCAAAAACAGCCCAGAACCUGUCUAUCUUCCUGGGAUCAUACCGCAUGCCUUAUGAAGAUAUAAAAAACAUUGUUUUAGAGGUUAAUGAAGAUGUGUUGAGUGAGUCCUUGGUUCAGAACCUGGUGAAAAACCUCCCCGAGCAGACGGAGCUUAGUGCCUUAGCCCAGUUAAAGAGCGAAUACGAGGACCUCUGUGAACCGGAGCAGUUUGGCGUGGUGAUGAGCUCAGUGAAAAUGCUACGACCUCGUCUUAACAGCAUCCUUUUCAAGCUUAUGUUUGAAGAACACGUCAACAACAUUAAACCUAGCAUCAUGGCAGUAACAUUAGCCUGUGAAGAACUGAAGAAAAGCGAUAGUUUUACUAAACUCUUAGAGUUAGUUUUAUUGGUUGGAAACUACAUGAAUUCCGGCUCGAGGAAUGCCCAAUCCCUGGGAUUUAACAUCAACUUUCUUUGUAAGAUUAGAGAUACUAAAUCAUCGGAUCAGAAAACAACCCUUUUGCAUUUUCUUGCCGAUAUCUGUGAGGAAAAAUAUCGGGACAUACUUAAAUUCCCAGAUGAAUUGGGCCAUGUUGAAAGUGCAAGCAAAGUUUCUGCACAAACUCUCAAGGGUAACCUUACUGCCAUGGAGCAACAGAUCGAGCGCUUGGAAAGUGACAUCAAGAAGUUUCCCAAAUCAGACGAUAAGCAUGACAAGUUUGUGGAGAAAAUGACUAGCUUUGCCAAGUGUGCCCGAGACCAGUAUGAAAAGCUCCAGAUCAUGCAUACUACCAUGACCAAGCUGUAUGAAAAUCUCGGAGACUACUUCAUCUUCGAUCCCAAGACAGUAAGCAUAGAGGAGUUUUUUGGUGAUCUCAGCAGCUUCCGGUCGCUGUUUCUGGAGGCACUGAAGGAGAACAACAAGAGAAGAGAAAUGGAGGAGAAGAGUAAGAGAGCCAAGCUAGCAAAAGAGAAAGCUGAGCAGGAAAAACUGGAACGGCAGAAGAAGAAGAAGCAGCUGAUGGAUAUGAACAAGGAAGGUGAUGAGACGGGUGUGAUGGACAAUUUACUGGAGGCCUUGCAGUCGGGGGCCGCGUUCCGAGACCGACGGAAACGGAUCCCAAGGAAUCCAGACAACAGACGGGUACCUUUGGAAAGGUCACGGUCCCGCCAAAAUGGAGCUAUCACCUCCGUCUGAUUCCCCGCUGCCCAAGAAUUGGAAAACGGUUGGUUUACUUACAUGCCGACGUUUUGAGAAGAGUUACAGGUGCACUCAAACAAUGGCGAUGAAAUGAAUUGGGACAGAGAAGAGCCCAGGCUGGAUCAAUAUUAUGUAUUUCUGAAAACUCUUGCAAAAGAAACCCCGUGACUAUAUUAAAAGGAACACAAAUGAUCAAGUUCUGUCAACAGUGUUUUCAGUGUAAGGAUCUGUAUCUUGUGUUAUCUAGUGUUACCUGCUGAUGAGAGAAGUGAGAUAAAUCUGAAGGAGCUGGGACUUCUAGGAAACCUUCUGUAUAGGGUUUGUUUGAGAAACAAGCAAAUAAAAAAAAAAAUCCAGAAAACUUACUAAAAAAUGCAGUGAAGUCAAUACGGGUCACAUGAGGUAGAAUUCUCCGUUGCUGAAUAUGUUCUACAUAAAAGGAAAAAUAGGACAAAAAUAUGCAUAUUAAUGAAUGCUGAUCUGGGGUUGAUACCUCGCACAUCAUAAGAGAAGCUAUUUGUGUAAGCACUGAAUAACCCCAAUCAAGUUAUUUAGUCUCUAAUGGAAGCUGAAGCCGGUGGAUUCCUCUACUUUGGCUGCAAUUUAACCUUUUUUUACCAAUCUCAAAUUUCAGUAGGCUAGUCCAGCUACUCAUCACUGCUAAAAAUGAACAGUACAGUAGUACCAAAGUUAAACAGCAUCAGUUCGCAGAAUGUGUUUUUAACUUUAUUUAAAAGGGUAUUUUCUAAUUAUGCACUUAUAUUAUAUAUACUUUAUACAGAUACUUUAUACAGAUAUUUUUGACGAAAAAUUGUUGCAUUUUAAUGUUUAUCCUAAGGAUGAUUCUAAAACAAAAUUUGAUGACCUUUAUUUAGAUUUUAGAGACAAAAGUAAUUGAUUAUGCAGCUGUUCUUGUUCUUUCUGGUUUUUAUGUGACCUGGUAUUCUCCCUUCUCCCCACUCCGGCCCCCAUGGGCAUUCCAAGAAAUGAAACAUCUGUGUCUUCUGUCAGGGCCCAGGGCAACAGGAAAGUCAAUUGCACCAAAUGGCUAUAGCUCCCAGAAACAUUUCUUUCCUUCUGAGAUGACCCUGUUACUAAGCUAGGGAGAAACUUUGGAUCCACUCUUUCACCUCCCCUCCCUGCUUCUAGGGGUGACCGAAUGACUUAAUAAAGCCAUCCACAAGGACCACUGAAUCCCUAAUAAACCCAUCAUCAGGAACCUACCGUCAUCUUCAUCCACUUCACGUUCAGGAAUCGGAAGUUAGAAUGGAAACUUUCCUUGACCAUCUGGUGCGUGGCAUUUUCCUAGAUAUACACUUUAAUAGACUUCCUGGGUUAUUAACAAUGUUUCUAAAGUAGUUUGUGUUUAAAUUACCUCCCAGUGGAGCCCUCACUUAGUAAACAGUUCCUCUGGAUUUCUAGGGCCGUCACCAAAGUAAACAGCAUGAGAGAUUUUUUUUUCUUUUAAGAAAGGAUUUUCUGACUCAUUGGACUGUGCUAAACUACUCGCUAUUACCCCUUAAGUUGAAAGUGACCUUCUUCUCAUCUUCGUUGUGCAACAGUCUCAUUAGUUAUUACAGCACUUACCCUUCAAACUGAAUUUCCUGCCUCAAAUAUAUAUAUAUAUAUAUAUAUAUACACAUAUAU